CGUCGUCGGCCCCGUAGGCGUGUGGCUUCGGCGCCAUGGGAUGGGUGGAUUGCUGCACGUAUCGGCGGUCGAGCGCAAUAGUCCCGUCGCGCGCAAAAGUCCCGUCGAGCGCAAAAGUCCCGUCGAGCGCAAAAGUCCCGUCGCGCGCAAAAGCCCCGUCGCGACAACCAAGGGAUGGCUAGUGCGGCCAGGGAUGGCAGCUCUGGUCCGCCAACGUCAUCGGGGCGUGUCCGCAGGCGCGUCGCAUUCACGCGCCCGCAAUCCUCCCUCCCUCCCCUCCCACAACAACGGCGUGUCAAGAUGGCGCCCGUCGAGACCGACGCUGCCGCGCGCAGCAACAACCUGCCCGUCCUUCUCUUUGGCGGCCAGACGCUCCUCGUCGCGGCCCUCACGGCGCACGUCCUGCUCACGGCGCGACGGGCUGCCCAGACGCUGCCGCCCGCGACCCGCACGCGCUCGCAGAACCACGUCCGACGCCGCCAUGCGCGCGUCUUCUCGGCCCUUGCGCUGCUGUCGCUGGCCAGCGUCGCCACCUUUGCCGUCGUCUUCCGCGUCAUCUCGUACGUCCAGUGGGCCGAGCUGGGCAGCAGGCCGACGCCCGGCAGCCUGUGGCAGGGCUGGUACGGCACCGGCGAGCACGGCGUCGGCGCCUGGCACCUCGGCGACUGGGCCAGGGACGUCGACCUGGUCCGCGAGUCGGACGCGGUCGCCGUGCUCAAUCCCGCGGGCUUCUUCUACACGGCCCAGCACUUCACCGCGCUGCUGGCCGCCUCCAUCUUCAUUGGCGUCGAGGGCCACCGUCGCAGCCUGUCGCCGUGGACCGUUGCCUCCUUUGUCGUGCUGGGCGCCUACGGGAGCCUGGCCUACGCGCUCAGCCUGUUCUUCGUCACCCUCCUCUACACCCCCACCACUGUCCACCACGGAGAGACGCCCCUGGACGACACCCUGUUUACGCCCAAGCCGGCCGUGUACUGGGCCCCCAUUGUCGCCUCGCUGCUCAUCCUGAACGAGCUCCCCAAGCUCGAGGCCCACGGCGACGUCUUCCGCGUCGUCCGCUCUGGCUACGUGCUCACUCCGCUGUUCCUCGCCUUUGCCCCCCAGGUCACGCCCGUGGCGUUUGGCAGCGCGCACCCGACAAAGUCGCACGCCCGCCGCUCCUACCAGGCCGUUUUCCACUUUCUCUCCGUCGUCGCCUUUGUCUUCCACGCACGCGUCUUCUACCUCAACAUGCGCGACGCCGUCCCCGCCCCGCCCGCCGCCGUCUGGGACCUCUUCGCCAGCGCCGUGGGCAGCGAGACGACACGCGCAAACCGUCUGCUGCAGGGCCUGGGACUGGUGGCACGCAAGCUGCGCAACGUCUCGCAGCACCCCGCCCUCAGCGUCACCACAGUCGACGUCGCGUUCACGGCCCUGGCGCUGCUGACCUGGACAUUCACGCGCGAUCUGGACCCGGAAGCCAUCCUCGAAAGCUCCGUGCUGUCCCCGCUCGUGCCCGGCCACAGACAACACGUCCGCUUCUUCGAGCCCGUCAUUAGGAAACUCGACGCGGCAGCCAAUCUCUCCGAGCCCGUCAUCAGGAAACUCGACGCGGCAGCCAAUCUCUCCGAGCCCGUCAUCAGGAAACUCGACGCGGCAACCAAUCUGUCCGACCCCGCCGAAAUCAUCCCCACCACGACCCCCAGCAAGUCGGGUCGCAGGACGAGAGCCGACGCCGGAGCGUCCACGACCGCCGUCUCAGCACCCCGCGAGGCAAGCGAGCAGGCCUCGCGCCGCUCCACGCGCCGCUCCGCCCUGGCCGCCUUUGACGACGCCGUCGAGACCGUCACCGGCUCGCCCACGCCCCAGAGCCAGACCGUGCACGACUUGGCAGGCGCGGAGCCGGACGGCGAGGCACACGACGCCACACAUGUCCCAGACGACGAGGCACACGACGCGACAUAUGUCCCGGACGACGAGGCACACGACGCGACAUAUGUCCCGGACGAGACGACGCGCCGCGCCGUCCAGGAGACGGAGGCCGAUGGUGCGGUGUCGGCGGACGACUACGUAGAGGCUGCCGAGUCGACGGGGGUGGCGCUGUUCCUGGCGUUUCUCGGCGGCGCGGGGCAGCUCGCCAGCGCGGCGCUGGGCGCCGAGGUCAGGGGGUCGUAGGAAGGGAAAAGUUUCUUUGGCGGAUGAGUGCAGGGCAGGCGAAUAGUGUGACUGGGCGGCUGGACGUGAUGCGAACGAACCGACGGACGGAUGAAUGAAUGAAUGAAUGAAUGAAUGAAUUGGCUACAACGACCAACGAAACGCUUCACUCCGCUAUGCACGCUUAUCAACGGAACAGCGAUACGCAUGCUUCCCUCUCCGACUGCUUCCCUCUCCGACUGCUUCCCUCUCUGACUGCUUC